UAGGUACUUUGUCACUGCUGGGUCAACUGUUUCAACUUUGUUAAGUGACUAAUAGAAUAAUAAAAUGGUUCGUGAAUUAGCUGCUAUAAUGAGUGUAGGGUAUACGUGAAAUAAUAAGAUGUGUCACUUGGUCCAGUGUUUGUUCUUGUUAUUGUCUGAGUGAGGAAGACUUGUUAAAAAAUGGCAGUAGUGUCCCUUGUAGGUAGUAAAGUAAUUUUGGCCCUUUGCAAUUUUCUUUUGUUGGCAUGUGGUUUUACACUAGUUAUUGGGGGCAUGUUAGUUCUCUUCGAUUCAGACAGAGUUCUUCUCUCAAAACUGAUAUCGACAGGACAACUGCUGAUGAACAUGCCCCAUCCUCUCCUUUACUACAUAGCCCUUGGAUUGUCCCUACUUGGGCUGGCACUGGCUGCGACUGGUAUCCUGGGAUGUUGGGCGUCAUGCAUCCAUAAUUAUUUCAUGCUAACCUGCUAUUUCCUAAUAAUAAUGCUGGUUCUUCUUGGAGAAUGCGGAAUCUACGCAGUAGCAUGGGCUUGGCCAAACUGCAUGGGAUUGGGAUUGGAUGUCGUGGACUUGAUAAAAACACUUCAAAAAAAUUAUGGAGUGAGUGGGCAAGAACAAUUUACUGCUGCUGUGGAUCUGGCUCAAAGUAUGUUUAACUGUUGUGGAGUGGAAUCAGCAAAUGAAUACGAUACGUCCUUAUGGCGCCUUCAAGCCCUUGGGCCCUCUCUAGCUGUCCCGUUGACUUGUUGCAAAUUAGAAAAUGUAAAUCAGUCGAGGGCUUAUUUAAAUCCAAAGCCGAUAAACCGUACCUUAUGUCAAGAUUUGGAAAGGAACAGGCAUGAAGGAUACCGACAUACUGCAGGUUGCAAAGAUGGUUUAGAAUUGUGGUAUCGCGAACACUUCAUGGUGUUCCUAGGAGUUGGACUGGUAGUAGUUCUGAUAGAAUUCAUGGUCCUCCUGAGCACAAUAUUAGCUUGCACCAGGAUAUAUCACCACAACCAAGAAGCCAAAGAAAAUGCCAAAAAUUCCAAACAGGAACCCGAAUCCUCGACUCCUAAAGACAUUUCCUUUCAAAAGAGACCGUCCAGCUCUCAAGCCGGUGCCUAUAGCAACGAAACGUACGCAGUGGGUAGUUUUAAACAAAAUUACAACUUAGUGGACAGAGCAUGAUGGUGGCUGAGGGGCAUUUUUUCGCCCAGCUAUAUUUACGAAGUCGACGUGGAGUCCAUGUUGUGGUGAAUUACCUAUAUGGAAUUGAAUAUGUGGGUCUCAUAUGCUUUAGGAUGUGUUUUGAUUUUAGUGACUGUAAACUUAAAGCCAGGGUCAUAUUUUAAAGAAAAAAUGUCCACGACUGACGCGACUGCUUGUUUUACGCAAUCAACAGAUUUACGGCAGUUCAAAUCUACACAAUGUAUAAAAAAUCAUGUUCAAAGUAAAAUGUUCGUAUCGAUAGCAUAA